AUGAACGGCAAAAUCCCUUUUCUGCAUUUAAUAAAGUGUCCUCCCCGCGGCACUGCAAGAGGUAUUUACAACCUACACCUCUCCUGUUAUGUGAAGCCCAACUCCUCCGCCAACCGGGUGGCUGCAUUGGGGACAAAUCGAAUUGACGUAUCGGUCGCUGCGGCUCCACGCGACGGAGCAGCUAAUCUUGCUGUCUCCCAGAUUAUCGCAGAGGUCUUGAAAGUCCCCAAAUCUACUGUUGAAGUGAUCCGCGGAGCUAAGGCACGCGAGAAAACACUGCGCAUUACUGAUUUACGGAUUGACGACGAAGCCGCCUUUCUACAGCAAGCCACACAAGCACUUAUUGACGCUACCGAGAUAAAACACUCCAGAUAA